AUGUCUCUUUCUAACAAGCUAACUCUGGACAAGCUGGACGUAAAAGGGAAGCGAGUAGUCAUGAGAGUGGACUUUAAUGUUCCUAUGAAGAACAACCAGAUAACCAACAACCAGAGGAUCAAAGCUGCCAUCCCAAGCAUCAGAUUUUGUUUGGACAGUGGAGCCAAGUCUGUUGUUCUUAUGAGCCACCUGGGCAGGCCGGAUGGUGUCCCCAUGCCUGACAAAUACUCCUUAGAACCAGUUGGUGUAGAACUUAGAUCUUUGCUGGGCAAGGAUGUUUUGUUCUUGAAGGACUGUGUUGGCCCAGAAGUGCAGAAAGCCUGUGCUGACCCAGCUGUUGGUUCUGUCAUCCUGCUGGAGAAUCUUCGCUUUCAUGUGGAAGAAGAGGGGAAGGGAAAAGAUGCUUCUGGGAAUAAGGUUAAAGCCAAGCCAGCUGAAAUAGAAGCCUUCCAGGCUUCACUGUCCAAACUAGGGGAUGUCUAUGUAAAUGAUGCUUUUGGCACUGCUCACCGAGCCCACAGUUCCAUGGUGGGAGUGAAUCUGCCACAGAAGGCUGGUGGUUUCUUGAUGAAGAAAGAGCUGGAUUACUUUGCCAAGGCCUUGGAUACACCAUCCUUCAAAGAUAGGAACAUUUUUCAACAGUAUUUUUCCACACCACCUCUUUAUAAUGGUUACUACCUGAGAGAGUCUAGCAUCACCAUUAUAGGUGGUGGAGACACUGCCACUUGCUGUGCCAAAUGGAACACGGAGGAUAAAGUUAGUCAUGUGAGCACUGGCGGUGGUGCUAGCCUGGAGCUUCUGGAAGGUAAAGUCCUUCCUGGGGUGGAUGCUCUCAGCAGUGUUUAG